GACACGCAAUAGCGAGAACCAAUAAAAAACGACGAACAAACUGAUGAGUUUUUAUAAAUCAAGUGAUCGAACAUACAAAUAAACAAGUAAUUUCGAUUUUUCGAAUACGCCAACGGAUAAGUUUAACAAUAGUGUGGGACACUGGAGCAGAUUGAAUGUUUUGGUGUUGCAAAGCAUGAGCACGGCGUGACUUCCAUGCCCUGCGUGCUACGGAUUUACGGAAGGGCGUGCGGUGCAGAUUACGUUUAUUAUGAAUGAUUUUAUCUCUUUCUAAACUUGAGUGACUGUGAAUGACCGUGUGUAAUACCGAGCGUACUAAAUUAUGGAUUGAAUAAUGUUUGUUGUUAGUUUUUUGAUGAUGAAAGAUAAAUAAUUUUCCCAUAAAGUGUUAUCGCGUCGCCCCGUGUCUCGAAUUCGUGGCGCUCACCAGUAGUCAUAUGGCGCAAGCAGAUCUACGCUGGAUGAAAGAGAUUCGUUACGCUGUUAGAUUUAUCAUGUGUGCUACUAUUUACGCACUAUACGAAAAGGAUAGUACGUAUUUUUAGUUGCGUCGCGCAUUCGACAGUGGUAGCGUAGGUUCGACAGUCCGGGUGACUUUCAUCAGCGAAGUAAACAACUUCAAGGUUAUCGGUUGGCAUGUACCAGUGUUAGUCGGGGAGUGGGAUGCGGGUGCGCUAAUAUGUCGGCUGACACGGCUGGUGGGGGCGCGGGCGCCGUGGUGCGCCAGGGCCACCUUCGGAAGUUGCGGAAGAUGAAGAAGAAAUAUUUCGUGUUACGCGCUGAAACUGCUGAUUGCUCAGCUCGCCUCGAAUAUUAUGAGUCUGAGAAAAAAUUUCGCGCAGGGGCACCGCCACGUAGAGUGUUACCCCUCAAGAGUUGCUACAAUAUUACCAGGAGAUUAGAUCUCAAGCAAAAACAUGUCAUAGCACUAUUUACCAGAGAGGAGCAGUUCUGCAUUGUUGCUGAAAAUGAGCAAGAGCUGCACUCAUGGCUCACUGCUAUACUCAAACAGCAUCGUUCCGAUGAUGCCAGUGCAGAACUACUACAUCCAAUACAACAUGUGUGGCAAGUAAAUGUUCAAAAGAAAGGUCUCGGUUCUUCGAAGAAUAUUCAAGGACUGUACAAUUUAUGUCUGACUGAUAAAACUAUCACCCUCGUGAAGAUCAAGAGUCAAAACAACGUCAUCAGCGAUCUUGGUAUACCAGAAAAGAUUGAGUACUCUUUAAAAAAUAUUAGGAGGUGUGGUGAUUCCGAGUGUUUCUUCUACAUGGAAGUGGGUCGACAAACAUCCACGGGCUCCGGCGAGCUCUGGAUGCAUUCUGAAGAUUCUAACAUCGCACAGAGCAUGCACUCCACUAUUUACCUUGCGAUGCGGAACUGCGCUAAAGACAGUGAGAACGAGCGUGACCAUAUUGUAUUGCCAAAGGGCGGUGAUAACUCUGUAGGUUUGCCGCCGCGUACACAGAGUCUCACAGGCCGCCCGCGUCUCUCCAACGACGCUGGUCCUUUACGUACACGGAGCGACAGCAUGCCCUCAAGAGCUUGCUCUUCAUUCGAAGUGGAGAGGCCAUCACCCAGACAUAAUGACCUUGAAGGGUUGGAUAUGUCGCGGGACGAAAUUGACUCGACGGCGGAUUGGUAUCGGACGCCACGAAUACCGGAGGAGCCCGACCUGUGUGACGUCUCCAGGGACUUCAUCAGCUCCGGUGGUCGAGUAGGCGGCCCAGUAGGUUCCGUACAACACUCGCGUACAUCAUCCAUGGGCACGGAAGAUGCAGCGGCCGAUGGGUAUCUACCCAUGGCACCCGGACAUGAACCUUUACCCGCGCUCAUGUCUGCGUCUAGCGGUUCCGUGUGCAGCGGCACCCCCUCCACAGAUCCCCGCUUCAGCGAAUACCAGUUGGAGCCGGCGACGUCGCACAUUGUGGAGGGGGGUACGAGACCGCCGCGCGCGUGGAGUGUCGGCUCUCGCGCCGCACUCGGCACCACAGUCGCGGGGGAGGGACGUCAUCGAGCAUACAGUGUGGGCGCCCGGUGUCGUCCAUCAUCGUCAACCCCUCGAGCACCGGCAUCUGCACCGCUAUUACCGAGGGCUUCUGCAGAAGACCUCAUGGAACUAGACUUCUCUUCCAACUGUUCACCACAACCGAAGGUAAUAGUUGCGAGAACGCCACCCACCGCUGGAUUCGCCGAGCCACGUUCGCGUGCGAACACCGACGAAUACGUAGACAUGUCCCCCCGCACUGCCUUCCUGCCCCCACCACCUGUACCUAUUGCCAUUCCUAUCCCUACUCCUACUGCUGCUCCCGUGCAACCCGCAUCCCAUCCGCCUCCGCCCGACGGUUACGUAGAGAUGAACUACACGCGAGCCCCAUCAAGGCCGAUCGAUAUAGCGUCAAAACCUUCCACCGCCCCCGUACCUCAUACCUCACCUCCUAGAUUAGCGAUGUCUUCCAAAACCCCCCUCGGAUCACAGACUAUAUUUCCGAUAUCAUUGGAAUCGCCCGCAUCACCGCCAGAAUUGGACGAUACUGAUGUAUUCGACGAAGACGCCAAAGGUACUAUGUUUAUUUAUUAUUUUUAACUGUACUCUAGGUGUAAGGUAAGUUUUAGUGAUCAUAGUUCCGUUAAACUUCUGAAUAAUUCUCUACCUGCUGUGUCACUUAUACAACUUCACAGUAAAGGUGAGUGAUGAGGUCUCAAUAACAGAAAUGCGAGAUCACAAAGUAACAACAUUAAAACCAUUAUAACGUUAAAUAAUUUUAAUGUAGAC